CCACCUCUCACACUCCGCCGCCUCACGCUCACCGCCGCCACUUUUCUCCUUCUCUUAGCGUUAGAACUCGGUGUUCUCGUCAUAGCUGCGAGUUUUUCGUAUUUCUCGUUCUAUUUCGUCCUGCGGGACUUUCUCCCGUUUUCUUCCCUUGUUCUAUACCCAACCAUGGAUUCCGACAUGGGAUCUGUAUUCGAUGAGGGCGAAAGCUCCGACUUUGCGCCCGCAAAGCCCGUCAAGGCCGUGAAGGCGAAAGCAGCUGCGUCCAAGAAGGCUGCAGGCGCCCCGAAACCACGAGGCAGACCACCUAAGGAUCCCAGUCUGGCGAAACCAAAGGCCAAGGCAGUGCAGAAGAAGAAGUCGAAGCCCCUUUCUGACGUAGAGAACUCCGAUGUCGAUAUGGACGAGGACCCUUUGGACGACGAGUCCCUGCUCAAUGAUACCCCGCCAAAAGCGAAAAAGCCCACGGUCUCGAGACCAGUAAAGUCAGGCGGUAAACAAAUGGCUGAGAUUGUGAAUGAGAGCUUCGGGUUUGAUGGGGCGGAUGAGCCUACUCCAAAGGCUAAGAAGGCCGCUGGCGGCGCAAGCGACAAAUAUCAGAUGCUGACUCACCUGGAACACAUCAUGAAGCGUCCCGACACGUAUAUCGGCUCCGUCGAACCCACCCAGGACAAAAUGUGGGUAUAUAACUCCAUCACAGAGUCGAUGGAGUACAGAGAGAUCACCUUUGUUCCUGGUCUCUACAAAAUCUUCGACGAAAUCUUGGUGAACGCGGCGGAUAACAAGCAAAAUGACAAGAACAUGGACGAAAUACGCGUCACCGUGGACAAAGAAUCGGGGGAGAUCUCGAUUAAGAACAACGGCAGGGGUAUUCCCGUUGAAAUCCAUAAAGAACACGGCAUCUAUGUCCCGGAAAUGAUUUUCGGACACCUUCUUACAUCCUCAAACUACAAUGACGAUCAGCAGAAGAUCACCGGCGGUCGCAACGGUUACGGCGCGAAGCUGUGCAAUGUAUUCAGCACGAGGUUCACUCUGGAAACAGUGGACUCAAGGCAGAAGAAGAAAUAUAAGCAGACGUGGACCGACAACAUGAGCAAGAUGGGAAAGGCCUCCAUCACUGAUAUCAAAGCAGAUGAUUACACCAAGGUCACUUAUUUGGCUGAUUACGCCAAGUUCGGCAUGUCUGGUAUUGACGACGAUUUUGAAGCACUGGUCAAGCGUCGUGUAUACGACAUGGCUGGAACUUUGAAGGGAGUCAAAGUCUAUCUUAAUGGUGAGAGGGUCAAGAUCAAUAGUUUUGCCAAGUACAUGGAAAUGUACACGAAAGCCAUCGCCAAGGAGACAGGGAAGGAAGACAACGACGAUAAGGAAAAGCCCGUGAUCAUCACCGACAGACUCGAACGCUGGGACAUUGGUUUCGCUGUCUCAGAUGGAGCCUUCAACCAAGUCUCGUUCGUCAACUCCAUCGCUACCUACUCUGGUGGUACGCACGUCAACUACAUCGCAGAUCAAAUCGUCACAAAGCUCAUGGCAAUUGUGAAUAAGAGGAACAAAGGCGGUGUCAAACUCAAACCGGCUCAGAUCAAGAAUCACAUUUUCCUGUUUGUCAACUGCCAUAUUGUCAACCCUGCGUUUACCUCGCAGACGAAAGAGCAGCUGACGACAAAGUCUUCCAAAUUCGGCAGCACCCCGGUUCUGAGUGAAAAGUUUCUGAAGGCCAUUGAAAAAACCGAAGUCAUUCAGAACAUCUUGCAUUUCGCACAGCAAAAGGCCGAUCAGAUUCUCAAAAAGACCGAUGGUAAUAAGCGCAGUCGUAUGAGUAAUGCGAAGCUCACAGACGCAAAUAAGGCCGGUACCAAGGACGGUCAUCGUUGUACCCUGAUUCUCACUGAGGGUGAUUCAGCCAGUUUGCUUGCUUUGGCUGGAAGGGCCGUUGUCAAUCCUGACUUCUUCGGUGUGUUUCCACUUCGCGGUAAGCUGCUCAACGUCCGCGACGCUUCCAUCGACCAGAUAUCGAAGAAUCAGGAGAUCCAAAACAUCAAGAAGUUCAUCGGUUUGCAGCACAAAAAAGAGUACACCGAUACCAAAGGUCUCCGCUAUGGUCACCUCAUGAUCAUGACAGAUCAGGAUCACGAUGGUAGCCAUAUCAAAGGGCUUCUCAUCAACUUCCUGCAAUGUCAAUUUCCGAGCUUGCUGAAGAUACCCGGGUUUUUGCUCGAAUUCAUUACACCAAUCGUGAAAACAUGGAGAGGAGAUAUCAAGAAUCCCAAAGAGGUACACAGCUUCUUCUCAAUGCCUGAAUAUGAGGAAUUCAAGGAGGCUCAUAAACAUCAAAAAGAUUGGGAGCACAAGUAUUACAAGGGGUUGGGUACCAGCAGCCCUGAGGAUGCCCAAGUCUAUUUCAGGGAUUUGGACACGCAUAUGAAGGAGUUUCACGUAAUGCAGGAGCAGGAAGAGCAGCUCAUCGAAUUGGCUUUUUCCAAAAAGAAGGCCGAUGCUCGUAAGGAGUGGCUACGAGACUUCGUGCCUGGAAACCAUCUGGAUCUCACUAAGCCUGAGAUCACGUAUGAGGAUUUUGUGAACAAGGAGCUGAUUCUCUUCAGCAUUGCCGAUAACAUGCGCUCCAUUCCAUCAGUCGUGGACGGUUUCAAACCUGGCCAGCGUAAAGUCAUGUAUACGUGUUUCAAGCGCAAUAUCAAAAAGGACGUGAAGGUUGUGGAUCUUGCCGGUUCAGUGUCCGGCACCACGGACUACGCCUACGGCGAAGCUUCGAUGCAGGGCACGAUCGUUGGUAUGGCUCAGAAUUUCGUGGGCUCGAAUAACAUCAACUGCUUGGAACCUAGCGGUAACUUCGGUUCCCGUUUGCAAGGUGGUGCCGACGCUGCCAGUGCAAGGUACAUCUAUACCAGAUUGAGCCCGUUUGCGCGCAGAAUUUUCCAUCCUCAUGAUGAUGCUCUGCUCAAGUAUGGCGAGUCGGAUGGAAACAAAAUCGAGCCGGAAAUGUAUGUUCCGAUCCUUCCGAUGGUUCUGGUCAACGGUGCCGACGGUAUCGGUACCGGAUGGAGUUCUUCCAUUCCCAAUUACAAUCCAAUUGACAUCGUCGAGAAUCUGAGGAUCCGGAUGGCAGAAGGAAGCUCCAAAGAGGAUAUGAAGCCCAUGACACCUUGGUUCCGUGGUUUCACGGGUCAGACCGAGGAUCUCGGCGGUGACCGCUUCAAGUUUACCGGCACGGUUCGACAGAUCAGCGAGACCGAGGUCGAAGUUACUGAGUUGCCCGUCCGUUUCUGGACUCAAGACUUCAAAGAGAAACUUGAAGACAUAAUCAAGGCCGAGAAAUCGCCUUCCUUCAUCAAGGAUUACACCGAGUACAAUACCCCUGAUAAGGUCCACUUCAUCAUCAAGAUGGAGGAAAAGCACAUGGCAAAUGCUCUGGCCAAAGGUCUCGAAGAAACGUUCAAGCUGUACAAGACCAUGGCCACGUCGAACUUGGUUGCGUUUGAUGCGCAAGGGCGUAUCCACAAGUAUGCCACCGUUCUUGACAUCAUGGAGGAGUUCUACCAUAUCCGACUUUCAUUCUACCAAAAACGAAAGCAACAUCAGCUGGAUGAGUUGCAACAUCAGCUGGAGAAACUUACCAAUCAGGCCCGCUUCAUUCAAAUGAUUAUCGAUGGCAAACUCGUGGUCGCGAAGAAGAAGAAGCCCGUUCUCGUCGCUGAGCUCUCAAAGCUCGGGUUCAAGCGGAUCCCGAAGAUCACUGAAGCAAAGAAAAUCGGCGAAAUCGAGCAAACGGUGGAAGAUGAAGAGGAGGAGAGUGAUGGAGAGGCUGGGCUCAAUGACUUCGACUACCUGCUAGGCAUGGCGAUCUGGUCCUUGACACAAGAGAAAGUGGAGAAGCUGCAGAAGCAAAUCGGGGAUAAGGAGACAGAAAUCGAUGUCUUUAUCAAGCUUACACCUAAGGAUCUCUGGAACCGGGACUUGGAUGCCUUUGUAAAUGAAUGGAACACUCAGCUGGCAGAAGACGCGAAGCGAGCCAAAAAGGUAGCCAGCAUGGGCCGUCGGGAAUCAAGGAAGCUUGGGAUUGGUGGAAAGGGCAAGGCAAAGAAGAAGAGAAAAAUGGACGACAGCGAUUCCCCAAGCGACUCAGGCUCUGACUUCGGCCCUGUUAAGAAGAAGACUGCCGUCAGCAAGCCUAAGCCUGGUGGGCUUCUAAGCUACCUGCGGAAAGAGGAGCCUCCGAAGAAGACCGCUCCGACUGCAUCGAAGCAGACAGGAUUGAUCGGUUAUCUCAAGAAAGACAUCGUCGACAAUGAUGGUGCCAUGGACGUUGACGAGCCUGCUCCAGCACCUAAGCGGGGACGACCUGCCGGAAGCAAGGCUAUGGCUAAAAAACCUGCUCCUAUAUUGUCGGAUUCUGAAGACGAAACAGACAUCUUUGCAGCGGUCGCCAAGGAACCGGCCACAAGGACGACGGAAAGACCCGCAGCAUCCAGGAAUGCCCGUGGAGCUGCAACCAAGGCUCCAAAGUACACCGUUGACGAGGACAGUGACGAGAGCGACUACUUUGCCAAUCGGCCUGCCGUUUCGGUGACUGGUUCGACCAGCGUGCCAAACGGCGUCAGUGAAAAGAACCCAGCGAAGAAGACGAACCGUGUACAGGAAGAGGAUGGCUCGGACGAUGAAUCCUUGGUGCCACCAAAGCCUGCCACUGGUGAAGUCAUUGACGUCCUCGACGACUCAUCGGACGAAGACGGCUUUGGGUUCCAUGGCCCCAAACCAGCUGCGAGCAAGGUCACCGCAAAGCCCCCGACAAAGGUUUCUGCCAAAGCGGCAACUAAACCAGCUCCUAAGCCAACUGCUAAGCCCAAGGCCGCUGCGCCCGCAACUGUCAUAGCCACGAAGAAGACCACUCUCAGCCCAGCGGCAAAGGCGUACGCAGCAAAACUCGCCAAGACCGCGGUGCCAGCACCUAAGGCCAAGAAACCGAUUGCUGUCGAUUCUGACGAUGAUAUGGAGGACGUGGAUGAUUUGGCUAACGAUAUCUUAUCCGAUGAUGACGAUGAUAUGCCGGUAUCUAAGCCCAAGGGGCGCGCUGCGGCGCCGGCUGCAAGACCGGGACGUAGGGCUGCGGCGAAGCCGGCGAAGUAUACGGUUAGUGAUGAUGAAGACAGUGAGGAGGCAGCUUCGGAUUUUGAUGAUGAGAGUGAUUAACAAGCUCGGCCGGGAAUCAUAUGGUCGGAGGGUGGGAAGAGCUGGAAACGCGAAGGGCGCAUGAGUGGCAGGUUCUUCAUAUUCCCUUUUUCUUAUCUAUCUAUCGUCGCCGCUUUUCGAGUCCUUGGCCUGAAGAGAGCGAACGGGUCCAGUCAGUCUUAGGGUUAUGGCGCCUUUUCUCACUUAUCAAGUGAUUCUGCGGUUUCAGGGGGCUUACAUAAUAUCGCUGGGCUAGUCUCCUUAGGGUAUCUUUUCUCCUUUCCGCUGCUGCAAUGGGAAGAGUCGUUUGUUCCUGUAAAUGCUUUCGCUGUUCACUUAGGGAGGAUGUGAUGCCCCAAACUCUAAGAGAGUUUUUCCAAGGUACAUAUUGUCUGUCCCUGCUUCGGCAUCGUGAGCGAAUGCCCGAUGUCGAUGGGAGUGCUGG